CGAUCCGAAUUCUGCCACGUAGGCAUCACGGGUGUACCUGAUGAGGCCAUGUGUAUAAAUUCAUGGCUCGGGGAUGCAUGAUGGCCCCGCGGUUAUCUACCCCGUUGUGGCUCUUCUCGUCGCUAUCUGCAGUUAUUUAUGUGGGGCCCGUUCAAGCAAAUAAAGUUCUAGCCAGGUAGAGCAACGAGUACGCGUUACAUCCGUAAGAGAAGUAUUCUUGUAGGUGACAUUUGGCCGUGGGCGACCCACGUCUUUGGUCGAGUCGUCCGAACUCCAACCUCAAAUCUUCCCACCGACUUCAAAAGUAUUUGUUGUCGAGUGCUCGUUCCCUCCCAACCCCCAAAUGCCCCCUUCGCUCUUCCUCCUCCCUCGAUCCCUGCUCGCAAGAAUCCCCUUCCUUCCACUCUCUUCUCGCGUGCGAGCCCUGACGAUGCCGGUCACAAGGCGCCCUUCGCGAUCCCUCGCAUCCGAGGCCAGGAUCCCCGACUCGAAGCUCGACCCAGGUACCGAAUGUCCUGGUGGCGUAUCUGAUCGAGAAAAGCGUGCUCAUCUGAGGAAGAAGAGGGUGAAAAGGAUUGUUGAAGUCGAUGAGAAGCGCGCCAAAGAAGAAGCUGCUGAUCGAAAAGUGUGUGACCUGAUUGACAUCGAAGAUUUUGCAUAUGAUAAGGUCAACCUGUCUGCGAUCUCCAAUGAUGUAAACCUCGACUCUUCUUUCCCUGCUUCUAAGAGGAAAAGUACACACCUAACUGAUGAGCCUAAAGCUGAUGCACCAGCAAAUUGGGAAGAAGUCCUUGAUGGGAUUAGGAAGAUGAGGUUUGCUGAUAGUGCCCCACUAGAAACUAUGAGACAUGAGAAGUCGGCAAGUCUUGUGCCACCCAAGGAACAAAGAUUUGCGGUUUUAAUAUCUUCCCUUCUGUCAAGCCAAACUAAAGAGGCAGUCACAAAUGGUGCCGUACAGCGUCUCUCUGAGAAGGGUUUACUGGAUGCUGAUGCUAUUGUCAGAACUGAUGAAGCUACCAUGGCAAGCUUGAUUUAUCCAGUUGGAUUUUACUUGCGGAAGGCCCAUCACAUGAAGAAAGUAGCUGAAAUUUGUCUUGAAAAGUAUGGGGGAGACAUCCCUAGCUCUAUAAAUGAACUGCUUGCACUUCCUGGAGUAGGUCCUAAAAUAGCCCACUUGGUUAUGAUUAUGGGAUGGAAUAAUGUUCAAGGUAUAUGUGUUGAUACUCAUGUGCAUCGUAUUUGUAAUCGACUAGGAUGGGUGUCACGUCGUGGCACAAGACAGAAAACUUCGAAUCCGGAACAAACAAGAGUAUCCCUGGAAACAUGGCUACCAAAGGAUUUAUGGGAUCCCAUCAAUCCCCUACUGGUUGGAUUCGGGAGGUCAGUGUGUACUCCUCUCAGACCCCGGUGCGGAACCUGCAUCAUAAAUCAUUUCUGCCCCUCUGCUUUCAAGGAAGCAAGAAGCUCAAGUUCAAAAGCUAAAAGAUCGCCAAACUAGAGGACUUCAAACAUGACUGAUAGCCAUUGUUCUUGGUCUUACUCUGUUUCUUAGCUUUAGAUCUUGUUGCGGUUGUAAAAGGCCAACAUCUCCUUCAAACGAUUGUAUUCACAAUGCAUGCUGCAGUUGAAUGACGUUAGAAAUAGCUACUGUCAGUCAUUCUACAUGAAGAUGUAUUCCUCUGAACUUUACUAUAUCCUUCCACUUCUCUAGCUGAAGUUGUAUUUCAUGUAUGUUAUCCAAGAAAGAAACAUGAUAGCUUUGGAGUA